AUGGCCGCGCCCUCCGGUCACCAAGCUCGCGGUUCUGAUGACCUGGGCGUCUUCGACGAUGCCAAAAGCUACUAUACUGAGGAACGACAUAUGAACCGUGCGGGACCCCGAACUCGCACCUACUCCCAGAACAGUUUGAUGCACCGUUUUGAAAGAGUCAAUCUCCGAGAGCCUUUUCGACGCGGCAGCCAUGAUGAGAAUUCGCAACAGAACCGCCGCUUCUUGAUCCAAGUCGAUUCAACAUUGGAAAGUCUUUCAUUGCAAGAGGACACUGAUGGAGACAUGCAAAUUACGAUCGAAGAUAAUGGUCCCAAGGUCAUUUCUCUGCGUACCGCCGCUUCGGCUGGCCAUAAUCGUUUCGACGUCCGCGGAACGUAUAUGUUGAGUAACCUCCUGCAAGAGUUGACCUUGGCAAAAGAGUACGGGCGGAAACAGAUUGUUCUGGACGAGGCUCGUCUCAACGAAAACCCCGUCGAUCGCCUGUCCCGCAUGAUUCGUGAUCAUUUCUGGGAGAACUUGACAAGACGCAUUGAUGCAUCAACCGUGGAUAUCGCCGCCCGAGACCCCAAGGAUUGGACAGCCGAUCCCCGCCCUCGCAUUUAUAUCCCGUAUCGAUGCCCCAGACAAUACGAGUUCUACAAGAGAGUUGCUGAAGAGAGGCCAGAAAUGCGUCUGGACGUUCAGAUGCUACCUGAGAAGAUUACCCCUGAUUUGGUUCGCGACAUGAACGAUGCACCUGGCCUUCUGGCUGUGGAUGUUCAAGAAGUUCCAGAACCAGAACACCCUUCAGGAUGGACUCUCAAGGGCAUGCCUUUCGUUGUCCCAGGUGGCCGUUUCAACGAGCUUUACGGCUGGGACAGUUAUAUGGCAUCUCUAGGUCUUCUUAUCAACGAUCGCGUCGACCUAGCCAAGUCGAUGGUCAUCAAUUUCUGCUUCUGCAUUGAGCACUACGGAAAGAUACUGAACGCUACUCGAUCCUACUACCUUUGUCGGUCGCAGCCUCCUUUCUUGACUGACAUGGCCCUUCGUGUUUAUGAAAAGAUCAAGCAUGAGCCCGAUGCCAACGAAUUCCUCCGACGAUCUAUUCUAGCCGCCAUCAAGGAGUAUCAUAGUGUCUGGAUGUCAGAGCCUCGACUAGACCCCAGCACAGGUCUCUCGAGAUACCGACCCGAAGGUCGUGGAGUGCCUCCUGAGACGGAGGCCACUCAUUUUGUGCAUAUUCUUGACCCUUAUAUCAAGAAGCACAAAAUGACAUUCGAACAAUUCGUUCGAGCAUACAACCACGGCGAAGUCGAGGAGCCUGAGCUCGAUGAAUACUUCAUGCACGACCGUGCCGUGAGAGAGUCGGGUCAUGACACAUCCUACCGCCUUGAGGGUGUUUGCGCAAACCUGGCGACCAUUGAUCUCAACUCUCUCCUGUUCAAGUAUGAGACUGACAUUGCACGAACUAUUCGCAGCGUUUUCAAUGACAGGCUUACGAUACCUGAGGAGUUUUGCGCCGGUACACCCUACCAGCCUGGUGAGGUUCUGUCGUCAGCUGCUUGGGACCGACGAGCCAAGCGGCGCAAGCUCACAGUGGACAAGCUGAUGUGGGACGAGAAGGAGGGCAUGUUCUUUGACUACGAUACCGCAAAGCGCCAACGCUGCACGUAUGAGUCGUGCACAACUCUCUGGGCUUUGUGGGCAGGCAUUGCAACUCCCAAGCAAGCGGCUGAAAUGGUUCGCAAAGCUCUCCCCAAGUUCGAGGCUUACGGCGGCCUGGUAUCAGGAACGGAGGAAUCGCGGGGAGCGGUCGGCCUCGAACGGCCUAACAGACAAUGGGAUUACCCCUACGGCUGGCCGCCACAGCAAAUGCUGGCCUGGACGGGUCUGAUUCGUUAUAGCUUCACGGAGGAAGCAGAGCGAAUUGCCUACAAGUGGCUCUUCAUGGUGACCAAGGCUUUUGUCGAUUUCCACGGUGUCGUGGUCGAGAAGUACGAUGUCACCCGGCCGGUCGAUCCUCACCGAGUUGAUGCGGAAUACGGUAAUCAGGGUCUUGGCUUCCGAGGCGUCAACAAGGAAGGAUUCGCAUGGGUUAACGCCAGUUAUAUUUACGGGCUUCAAAUCAUCAACGCGCACAUGCGCAGGGCACUUGGAGCACUGACGCCGUAUCAGACAUUGAUCAGGGCGAUUGAGAAGAAUGAGGAGAAGACGCUGGCUGGUCUGCUUGCUACAUAG